CCUAGCUUUAGUUGCAGCAGUUCUACCGCGAGAUGGCAGUCGCGCUAGACCUUAAAUCAAUUGACGGAAGUGUGCGUUGAAUGUUAGUCGUAGUUGUGACAGUUCUCCUACGAAUUUGUCGUAUUACUGCUUCCUUCACCUAUACCGAAAAUGAACAUGUAUACAGUUGUUAAUCGCACGAAGUACGUCAUCUUAGUUUGGUGUCCUGGUUGACGCCUCUAAGGGGAUUCACAUUUUUAGGAACCGAUCUAGCCGUAGUAGUGCGCAUAUUUGACUGGGGCAGUUGAGUGUGAUUGUUCUUGUGAAAGAUGCUAAUAUUUCACUGAAGUUGUUCAAUGAUCGCAACGUUGUUUUGCGGUAGUGUCAGCUUGGGCACCGCUGUAGAUAAGUUUUUCUUGCUUCUACGUUACCGAUGUGGAUUUGUGUCUCCGACGUUGGAGUGCGUGGAUGGCAUGUUUUCAUUUGAGUGCUUGUAUUAGGCGUUUUAUCGCAAGCGGUAGUUGACGCAGUAGUGGAAAGCGGUAGCAGCUUCAUCUGAGUGUGUUGUUUAGUAAGAGGUUCACGUGUGUUUGUGGGUGCUGCGUUUCUACGUUUUUAGUGAUCGCGACAUAUUUUGUGAGCCAUGUACAUGGACGACAUCGUAGGCACAAUCCCCGCUGCAGUAGGAGCUGGCGAUUUGGAAGAUUCCCAGGAAAUGCGGGUGACUGACGUAUACCCAGACACUCUCGUCAAACUAGGACCGCUCCAUAUUGCUGCUGCGCACGGCAAUUUGCACAUGCUCAAAGUGCUUAUCGCACGGGGCGGUGAUGUAAAUGCUCGGGGUUCUUGCCCUGGUUCAGCGUUGAAGGUGGAGGAAGAUCUGACGCCAUUACAUGUAGCAGCUGAAAAUGCUAACGUAAACAUUGUGCUCACUUUGAUCCGUGCGGGCGCUUGUGUCAACGCAAAGACUCGUUCCAAUCUUUACCCACUGCACCUUGCAGCAUUUUACGGCCGUUUAUCCGUGGUGAAGGCACUAGUAUAUGCAAAUGCUGAUGUAAAUGCCGAGAAUGACAGAAAAUUCACCCCUUUAUUUUAUGCUGUGUACGAAAAUUUUGAAGACAUAGCUAGAUUUCUUGUACAAAAUGGUGCUCUUGUAAAUGCAAGAAAUGCAAACCUUGUGACACCAUUGCAUUUCGCAGCAGGAAAGGGAAAUGCUAACAUAGCAAAGCUGCUGAUCCAGAACAAGGCCGCUAUUAAUGCAAAGAACGAGGAUGGCUUCACGCCACUGCAUACGGCCAUACAAUACAGACAUGCUGCAGUAAGUCAGUUGUUGAUUAACAAUGGAGCGGAUUUGAAGGCGAGAAAUAUCGAAGGAUGGACCCCUUUGCAUAGUGUAGCAUACAGUGGAUACCCAGCAGAAACUGCCAGACUUUUGAUUGGAAAAGGUGUUAGCGUGAAUUCGAAGGACAGGACUGGGAUAACACCCUUAUACCUUGCUGCUGACACCGAUAGCACUGAUAUAAUAAACGUCCUUAUCGAAAACAAAGCUGAAGUUAAUGUCACUGACAAUCGAAUGUGGACACCAUUGCAUACCGCAGCUUGCAAGGGCUAUUUGGACACCGUAAAAAUUCUUAUCGCCAGUGGUGCUGUAAUUGACGCAAGGACCCAAAAGCAGAAUACGCCGUUGCAUUUCGCAGCAAACUCCUGGCAUGCCGAAGUAGUCAAAUACCUUUUGACGAAAGGCGCCGAGGUUGAUGCACUUGAUGACACGAACUGGACACCUCUUCAUUUUGCGGCAGGUGAGGAUCCUACCCGCCGCAAAUCGAGACACUUCGGUGUAAAGAAACACGUCUGUAAACUGAAUACCAUGAAAGCUCUCAUAGAAAAUGGCGCUGAUAUAAAUGCUAAGGGAAGCAUUGAUGAAACACCUCUGCAUAUAGCUGUAAAGUUCGGUAGUCCUGUAGUUGCUAGAUACCUAUUAGAGAAUGGUGCAUAUUAUGACGUGAAGCCCCAAAGUAGCUUUGGUGACAUUGCCGUUUCAGGGACUGCUUUAUUGCAUGCUACUGAAAAGCUGUUUCAAGCUGUGAAAAAAGCCAAGUGUUCUGAAAUUGAAAAAUGUGUUCAAGAAGGGGCACCAGUCAACAGCAGAAGUAUCAGGUAUGGAACACCACUUAUGUAUGCAUCUUGGAAAGGAUACGUAGCCGUUGUUAAUGUUUUGCUAGAAAAUGGGGCCAGUAUUAAUUUAAGUGACAGCAAUGGCAAUACUCCUCUACAUUAUGCAGCAAAAUUUGGGCAUCAUGAAAUACUAUGUAUUUUACUGCAACAUGGUGCAGUAUACAACGCUAGAACCAAAUCAGGCAAAAAAACACCACUACAUUUUGCCCAAGAAGGAGGGAAAAACGAAGUUGCUGAGACACUAAAACUAAUUGAAUGUAUGUUUAUUAGAAUUAGCCAAAAUGAUGAUAGCACAGUCCUAAGAGAGUUAAAUUCAUUAAAGGACAUAAAAUAUGCUGAAUUUCUCGCCAUAAAAAAUUGCAAAAAUGUAAAUCAAGAAACACUGAUACAAAUAGCUUCAAAACAUGAAUGUGAAAAACUCUGUAAAUUGCUUUGUGAUUUGUAAUAGAGUAGAGUACAUUUUUAUACUUAAUCAUAUCAGACUGGUUUGACAGAAGUAGUGAAAGUGAUAUUGAUUGUCUGAGAUUUUGUACACUGUUGUUAUCAGAAAAGUAGCCUCCAUCACUGAAGAAAUAAUUGAAUGAGAGUGUAAUGGCAAUCUGUAUACAUGCAACAUGUUGAAACGACCGUGUUGUACUUUGUUCUAAUUAAUGUUUGCACAUAGCUUACUGGUGUCAGUUUGCUGUGAAUACUUUGAAGCAUCAGCACACAUGUUAACAUUUAGCACUACAAUAUUAUCUGAUGCCAAGACAUUUAGAAGCUCAAAUCAUGUUUGCAAAUUAUUAUAAAUAUACAUUUUUUUGUUAAGGAACUGAUAUAAUCUUGUCUGCUGUUUCCAGGUGUUUUUAUGUUCUUUCGUUUCACUGUUAGAAGCAUGUGAAAAUAAAUUUAAGUAUUUCUUUAAAGCGUCUUAAGGCUCAUGAUUUUCUGUAAAAUGCAUUAGAUAUUCACAUCAUUAAUUUGGUAAACUUGUUCAUUAUGUUGACAUUUAAGAAUGCAUGUGAAGCUGCAUGUUAAAUUACAAUAUGAGAUGCUGCACAGAUAUAUACUGUAGUUGGUUUACAAGCCUUGUGGAUCUUCUCAGUUUAUAAUAGUUCAGUGAGGUCUUUCAAUAAUUGUUGUUGAAACUAGUGUUUUCAUUAUAGUGCAGUUUGGGGAUGCCAUAUUAUAAAGACAAAGAAACAAAUCAAAUGCUUGAAAUAAUGAAGAGUAACUAAUCCUCUGCAUGUAAGAAAAAAUGUGGAGUUAAAAUAUGUAUAUGCUAAUGUGAGUCCGUCAAUAAAAAAUAAAUUUGUGUUUAGCCUAUGCAUGCUGAUAACCUAUGUAUACUUCACUAUCAUAUACUUACAUGUUUACAAAAUCUAGUCACAGCUUUGGAGCUGUUUUUGUUGUAUUUGCAACAUCUGCAAUAAAUUCAUAAUAAAAGAGGAAAGAUGCAAGUUAUAUAAAAGUAACACACUCACAUGUAUAGAACGUGUACCAUAAACAAAUAGAAAACACCUAGUUACAUUAAAACUGCUCAUAAUACACAAUUUGGCAUGACUGUUCAGUGGCAGAUAAAGGCAAGAACAGUGAAAAGUGAAAAUGAAAACAAAUGUUAGAUACAAAUGGAAACAUAUCCUCUCUCUCCCCCUAGAAUUAGAAUUAGAAUCUCUCUCUUUCUGUCUUUCUUUUUAG